AGGAAUAGUGCCCCAUCCUUGGUGUCAGGGGGGAGGAAUAGUGCCCCAUCCUUGGUGUCAGUGGGGGGAGGAAUAGUGCCCCAUCCUUGGUGUCAGUGGGGGGAGGAAUACUGCCCCAUCCUUGGUGUCAGUGGGGGGAGGAAUACUGCCCCAUCCUUGGUGUCAGUGGGGGGAGGAAUUGUGCCCCAUCCUUGGUGUCAAUGGGGGAGGAAUUGUGCCCCAUCGUUGGUGUCAGUGGGGGGAGGAAUCGUGCCCCAUCGUUGGUGUCAUUUGGGGGAGGAAUCGUGCCUCAUC